ACUUAAAAUGUAGUUAGCCACGUGUUGAUUCCACGUAGACAGGUGGUUCAUACAUUUUUGACACGUGGUGUAUUACUCUUGCUUGAGUGUUGCUUUCUCCACCACAAGAUUUUAGUUCCUCUGUCCAGAACCAUCCAUAUUCUUCGAGCUUCUCAAGAACUCAUUAUUAUUUAUACUCAAAUUCUUCUCUUCACUUUCACUUCCACACGAGUUUUCAGUUCAAGAAUCAAACCCUACUCUUGAAAUUCUUGAUUUUCUUGAUUCUUGGUUCUUGAUUUUUUUGGUUCUUGAUUCUUGAUUUUACUUGGUUUUUGUUUCUUGAAACGAAAUGAAGAGAGAAGAUUUUGAGGAUAUGUCGACGGUGGUGGCGGAGGAGGAGGAGGAGAGUGACAAUGACGGUUGCGCCACCCCGAUUCGCGGCGAGUUUAAGAUACCAGAGCCGAAAGUUUGUCCUCCGCCGCCGAGGAAGAAUAAGUUUGUAAUCGGAAAGAAAAGAGAGCCGCCGAAGAAUGGGUAUUUUGAACCUCCUGAACUUGAGCUUUUGUUUACUGUGAAUUCAAGAAGACAGGCGUGUGUUUGAUGGGAUCAGUAUGAUUUUUUGAUGGGUCAUUUUCAGGUUUAGGGUUUAGUUUUAUUAUCACGACCCCUUUUUGUUAGGUUAAAAUUAAGUGUAAAACUGUAAAUUAUUUAGUAUGAUUUUGUUUUAGUAGCUAAACGUUUUGUAAUUAUUGCAGUUUUGUGCUUGGUUUUUCUUUUGUAAUUGUGUCUGAAAUGAAAGAAAAAAAGU